AUGAAUGAAAUAUUGAGUAGACUUGAUGAAGCGAGUGAAUCCUCGUCAUUAUCACCAAAGGAUCUAUUGAAAUAUUUAAAGGAACAGGAGCAAACUAUUGAAUUGUUGAUCACCAACCAUCGGAACGAUUUUAACUUUAAUCAAUUUGUUUUGAAAAUUAUACAUCAUGCUCACAAGUGUGGAUUUGAAGAGUUGGUGAGGUUGAUAUUUGAAAGGAUUCAAAGUGAUGAUUUAUUACGAAUUUUAAAAGAAUCAUUGGAAAAUUAUAUUCUUUCUAAUGAUGAUUCUACUUUAUGUAGUGUAAAUAAUUUAUUCAUGGGGUUGAGAUCUUUUCAAUCACCAUUUGGAAUGCUUUCGGAAAUGGUUAGAAAUAAUGUACAUAAUAAUUACCUAUCAAAGCAAUACGGAGAUAAGAAUCAUGUAUAUACAUUCCUCAAAUAUUGCUUCAAUGAAUUUGUAAAUAUAGUUUUUUGCAAUGAUCCAUACUCCUUUUUCAAAAGUUUGCUGUAUAGCUUGAUUGUGAUUAGGAAAGAGGAAGUUGGAAAGCGAAGGAAAACAGUACAAGGAGCAGAUGUAACCAGCAAGGGGUUAUACCAAUUCAAUUUUAAGAACAUAUUACAAUUGUGUGAUACAAGCGCUCUGAGGAAACAAUUCUUUGGACUUCUUAUUCUAGUAGUAUUGGAAAUACCACAAGAAAAAUUGGAAACUCUACUUCCCUCAUUCAUAGAACAGGAAAUUUUAGAAAAUGAAGAGAUUCUUGGAUUAUUAUUGGAAACUCUGAAAGAAAAGAAUGUUGAAAAUAGUACUAUUGCAAUGAUUUAUAACGCCUUGGUAGUUUUGGAAGAUGAGUUAGGACGUGAAGAGGAAAGUAGAGGAAUUAACUCGUUUUGUAAAGUCUCUACAAUGAAAGACAAGAUCUUGAACGAUUAUCCAAAUAUGUUCUACUCUGAAGAUGAAGUAUUCUUGAGAGAAAUCAAUGCUACAAACAACUUUGAUGUCAUCAUUUAUCAGCUUGAGGCAAAAUCAAUUGAGGAUCUGUUGAAACUGUUAAGUUUAUCUGACAAUACUCAUAAUUUGACGAACUCAACAUUGGCUUGCAUUUUUAUAAUAAUUGAACGAAUAAUGAGUGGAGCAAUUGAAAGCUCUCUUACCGAAAAAUUAUUGUUAGCACAACAGAUCAAAGAAUAUUUACUUAAAUUUAUCAAUUUUGCAACCACUGAGUUCUGUAAUUAUUACAAAGAUAUUGUACUGGAGGGAAAGGACGUGUUGGAUAUGAAUCCAAAUACAAAGAGAUGGAAAGAAACAAUGGUUAAGAUAUUUCAACUGAUUGGAAAUCUUCAAACAGUUUUCUUUGAUGACAAUAUCACCCAGGAACAAACGGGCUUAGCAUUGCUAUCUGUAGACAAUCAAAUCAUUCAAAACAUUACCUACCUUUACCUGUUUUCCAAAGUAUUGGAAGCCACUGGAUGUGCUGAGCUCAGUAUGGGACUUUCUCAAACACUUCUGAAAUUAUUGAAUAUUUCCAAUACAGAUCACCGAGUAACAAUCAAUAACAACGAUAUCAAAGAGGUUUGUAUCACAUUUUCAUUACCAAAAAAUCUAAAACUCUUAAAGUUAUUCAAUGGAUCACUGUAUAUAACACUCUGUAUUAUGAAGGAUGAAAGCAUGAGAAUUUCAAUGGGAGCGGAGGAAAUUGAGGCAGUCCAAUAUAUGCAUGAUCUUUUCAAAAAGACUGAAAGCAUUUCAAUUCCUAAAAUUACUGUGGAAACUCUUGGUUUCAUGAUGUAUAGUAUUGUAAAUAGCGAAGAAGAGGCGAAUAAUAUUAUUUCCAAUCCCAUGAUGUAUGUUAUUACACGGCUUGGCCCUUUUAGAGAUACUAUUGAAAUCAAGUUAUCUUCCAGUGGAACUGUUAAGACUAAUGUUCCUCAACCUCUUUAUAUGUUGACCAAUCUACAAGCUAUGGAACAGGUUCCUGUGUUCUUCAUGUUUCAUCACCUUCUCAAAACUAAUUAUUUCUUCAAAAUGAUGUCCCACGAAGAUUCAAUUGUUGGAGUUAAACUCUUGAAUUCAGCAGAAAAAACAGGAAAGGUAUUUGAAUUUUUCUCGAUAUAUGUGGAUGCAUGGCUAGACAUAGCAAUGAAUACUGAUUCCCUUAAUUUUGACAAGAUAACAUCCAAAUCAUUGACCAAAGCAAUAUUGGAAAUAUUUAAUCAAUAUAUUUCCGCUAAAGACUCUUUCGAGUCACUUUCAAAUAUUGAUAUGUUUGUCAAUUCCACACUCAAAAUAUUCAAAAGCGAAUUUAUUAAUGAUGCAAGAGGUAACCUUUUGAAAAUAUAUGAUAAGAUAACAGAGAUAGAUAAGGUAGCUCUUGCUUUCUUGGACUCUUUGGAAAGCUUGGAUAACAAGCAUCCAUUACAUAAUUUUUUGGAAAUUUUGGAAAAGAAGCCAAAAGAAGAUGGUGUAACAUUCUCAGUCAAAUAUAAUACUCUAAUGAUUUUUGAGAAAAUGGCCAAGCACAUGAAACGAGUUAUUCCCAAAAAUCCUGAAAAGAUUGAUUCUCUUAUUGAUUUUUUGAAAAAGCAUUCCAUAGUUCAGAGAAUGGUUGCAAUAAUCAAUAUCAAAGAUGUAGAUCCUAAUAUUAGCGAGGAAAGUCUCACUUCAUAUUUCAAUUACUACGAGUCAUUGUUGGAUGCAAUCCUUCCACUCUUGACAGUACUUCCUAAAAACGAGGAAUACUCUAUCAAUUUAAUUUCUGAACCACCUCUCACUACAUUGUUGUGUAAAUUAUUCCAAAAUAACCGAAAGCACAUACUGAAAAAGUUUCCAAAACUAUUGAGCACACUUUUUACUCUCUAUGAGAAGUGUCUACAAAUAUUUGUAGUCUAUUCCAAAACAUCAAAAGAACAUGCAAAAUUAGAAGAAUUGCGUGAGAAACUCUUUUCCAAAUCUUUCAUUUUCAUUAUCAAGACAUGCUUUGUAAAUAUUCCACUGAGUAAUCAAGAUGCUUAUUUGUGGAAAAGAAGUGAUGAUCCUGGUAGAGAUCUUGCUAACUCAUUAAUUAAUAUCAUUUCAGAAAUAACUCAAGCGAUAACUUCUGCUCCAAACUUGUUCAGGAAUUAUUCCCAAGUUUUAGAGGAAAAUGGUGUGUUGCCAAUUUUACAGAAAGUUGAUCUUCCACAUCCAAAAUUGAAAAUUAUUAUUGAAAGAUUAUCCAAUAAUAACUCAUCAUCUCCCUCCUUGAAACAAUAUCCUUCAUUUGCUAAGCCAAGCUCAUCAAGUUCUGUACCACCAGCCACAAAUACACCACCAGCAAAUGACAGCAGUAAUAACUCAAACAAUGCAAGGUUUCAAACUACAAAUGCAUCAUCGUCCACACCAAAACCUCCUGUUUUUAGACCUCCAGAUUCGGCUUCAAAUCAGACAGCUACCAAACAAGUAUUUAAACCACCUCCUAGAAAAUAA